UCUGGACAAAAAAAAAAAGUGUCUUCCUUUUUUUGUAAUGCAGGUCUUCUUGAGCUCUCCUUGGGAAAAUUCAGAAAUGUGCUGCUUAACCAGACCAAUCCAGUGGAAGCUGUAAUCAGGAACAUUGCAAGCAAUGUGACUGUUGUUAUUUUUCAAGUACAUGCUCAGCAAAGCAGUGUGGUGAUAUGCUUUGAUAAGAAUCCAUCUGUGAACAGCUCAGGAACUGGAGUAGACAAAGGACUGGUUUCCAUUCUUCGGCCUCAACAGAGCAUAUGUACGUGGUACCUUCGGUCACGGGAUGCUAGCCAGGUGCUCAGCACAGCUAUCUCUAUUCCCUAUAUGGAGAAAGAUCCUAUUCCUGGAGGCUGCAAUCUAGAAUUUGACUUGGAAGUGGAUCCAAAUAUUUACCUAGACUAUGGAUUGGUUUAUAAACACAUCAAGUUUGCCCCUGCAAACUUGGGAUAUACCAGAGGAGCAAACCCACCAUCCUGCGAUUCAGGGACUGGUCAGAACUCCAGAUGGCGACUGCGCUGUGAUGUCUACCAGUACUUCUUACCAGAAAACGAUCUUUCUGAAAUGGUACUCAUGAGCCACAUACGGAAGAUGUCUGAGGCGCAAAGUAUCAAAGCCAAUGGCAUUAAAAUACUUACACUGACAACUGAUGACAAAACCAAUGUCUACUUUUCCUCACUUCCUGGACAAGGUGUGAUCUACAAUGUCAUAGUAUGGGAUUCUCUUCGGAAUACUUCUGCUGCAUACGUACCUGUGCAUACAUAUGCCUGCAGCUUUGCUGACCUAGUGGAUAACUGCUCUUCUCUCAGUAAACUCUCUACCGAAGUAUUCUUCACCGCUCUUGCUGUUCUUGGUCUUUUCACUUGCUUUUUUGGACACAGAUUCUGGAAAACAGACUUACUCUUCAUGGACUUCAUAUUCACAGCAUUUUUCUUCUUUGUAUUCAUUACGAGGGUAACUGGCCUUGAUUAUGAUGUGCAUCUUACUUUGACAGCAGUAGCUGGAAUUAUUGGAGGGCUUUUCCUGGUUGCCAGCUGGUGGAGAUUUGGCUCUGUUCUACUCUGUAUGUUUAUUAUUGGACUUGUGCUGGGAUUUCUCUUUUCAUCGAUGGUCUUUACUCCACUAGGAGACUACAGGGUCUUCCGUGAUGAUGUGGUGUUCUGGGUAACCUUUUCUUCUGUGGCCUUGAUGAUUCCGGUGCUUUUUGUUGGCUGUCCAAGAAUUCUGAACAUACUGGCCUCUGCAAUGGUAGGCUCUUAUACAGUGAUCCUAGCUAUUGCUUGUUAUGUCUACACAAGUCUUGCUUACAUCACCUUAGACCUACUCAGAAGGGUCCUCAAUGAUUACUUCAGCAGAGCUUACACCAAUGUGCCUUUUCAAACAAAUGCCUUCAUUAUCCUGUCAGUGUGGACAAUGCUGGCCCUCAGCGAAGUAACUGCAGCUUCGCCGAGAGAGAAGCGAAGGGUGAAAAUAGCAUCCAGCUAG